AUGAUCUUACAAAACUACAGCGCAGUGACUGAAUUUGUGUUCCUGGCUUUCCCCAACAGUAGGCUGCUGCAAGGUUUAGUCUUCAUGAUCAUGCUUCUGAUGUACCUGGCCAACGUUUUAGGAAAUCUGCUCAUCAUGGUCGCCAUCUGGAAAGAGCCUCACUUGCACAUCCCCAUGUACUACUUCCUGUGCUCACUUUCCACUGUUGAGCUAUGUUUUACAACAUCUGUGGUACCCCAGAUGCUAGUGAAUGUUUUACAAAGGAAGAAGAGUAUCAGCGUUGCUGGGUGUGGUUUCCAGAUGUUUCUCUUCAUAGCCCUGGGCAGCACGGACAGCUUCCUUUUGGUGGCCAUGGCUUAUGAUCGCUAUGUUGCCAUCUGCCACCCUCUGCAUUAUGCUCAUAUUAUGACCCAGCACAGAUGUGCUUGCCUAGUGGCGAUUUCACUGGUUCUUGGGGGGCUGUUGUCCAUGGAAAUUGCUGCUGUGGUUUUUCACCUUCCUUUUAAUGGCUCCAACCAGAUUGAACAUUAUUUCUGUGAUGUGAAUCAACUGUUGAAGCUGGCAAAUACCAACACUUACUUUGAGGAGAUUGCUCAGUUUGUAGGUAGCAUUCUGAUCCUCUCGGUCCCUUUCCUGCUAAUUGUUAUUUCAUACAUCUGUAUCAUCAGGGCAAUCUUACAGAUUCCCUCAACAAAGGGACGGCUCCAAACUUUCAACACUUGCUCCUCCCACCUCAUAGUGGUAUUGUUACAAUAUGGCUGUGGUUCUUUGGUGUACCUUCACCCCAAAUCUAGGCAAUUUGAUAAGACAGAUCACUUGCUUUCACUGGUGUAUACCUUUGGCACCCCUCUUCUGAACCCUGUUAUAUAUAGUCUGAGAAACAAGGAGCUCAAAGAUGCUGUAAGAAAACUCACUAUGAACAGCAAACUGGAAAUUAGAGACACCUAG